UCCCAGGUGUUGCGCUAAGGGGGAGAUGUUUUUUUCUCAAAAUUUGUUUUGAUUUUUGUGAAAAGAUGAAUUUAUUUUCAUUUUUAUUAUUGUAUUUCAUUUUAAUUGACUUCUUCUGGAAUAUUUCCUGCAGCUAUGCACGAUACCAACUCAAUCACAACAAAGUCUGCCCCUCGAGCAAAUUGACCAAGAUUUAUCAAUUUAUAUCAAAACCGGAUCCCCUGACAACCACCCCGUCGCGGGCGACCAAUGUGAGGUACACGUGGAACACCUGGAAGAGUGUUCGGGAUUCGGAUGAUUGCUCCUUCAAGGUGCAGACAAGUGGGGGUGGGGGAAUCUACAUUGUAAUCACACGUCUGCACCUCCGGCAGAACCCGUCUAGUCGAAUCUGUACGGAUUUCCUGCGGAUUCGCUUCAGCAAUGGCACCAAAACGGACAGAAUUUGCGGACGAAUUACACCCCAGGACGUUGCUACCUUCACCGACUCCGGAGGGGAUGUUAAACUGUACCUGGUCAUUGCGAAUCACAUCCCCCUGGAGACAAAUGAGACGCUGGAGAUUGACAUCGUUUUCACGGAAUACUUUGGAUGUAAAGGCGACUUCGCCACCGAAUUUCAAUGCGAAUUAGGAAAGUGCAUUCACAAAGCCUUUUUAAAUGAUGGCACCAACAACUGCCCUACACCGCACUGCCUUGACGAGGAGAUUGGGUGCCUCAGUCAUCCGGAUAUGGAGGCACAUGAUGCACGGGCAUCGAAGAAAGUGAUUGUUGGUGGUGUAAUUAGUGCAGUAGUCGUGCUCAUUGGUUUCACCAUCUGCAUCCUGGCCAUUUGCAAGUUUUCCGCCUGCAUGAAGGGCCCCCGAAGACCAACGAAUCUCUACGAGACGACCCAGCACAGACAGCCACGUGUCGAGGUGCAAGAAUUAAGUGCAAUUGGAAACAUAUCAGACACAGGGCUUCCAGCACCAAGUGCUCCUGCGGCAUUUGUUAUUGAGGACCAGAAUAAGGAUCCACCGCCGCCAUCGUAUGAAUCUCUCUUCCCCGACAGAAGUUAGCGCGUCCUAAUUACUCAGAAAACACACACAAAGCGCCUGGUAGAGACAGAGAGGUAUUUAUGCAUUUUCACACCCAUUUGCAAGAGUUAUUAUACCACGAAAUUUUCUCACUAUAUUAACCACAUUGGUUGGUAGUGCUCUAGGUGUACGAGAUAGGCGAUCAAAUAAUGAUGUAAAUAGUACUUAAUAAUAUUACGCAUCGAUAUCAUCAGUGAUGUGCCUUUCCACGAACAAAUUUUUUUUACACACAUCAAACACCUUAAAAUUGCGGUGGAAUGUGCGAAAUUUGCGCACGCACAGGGUGAGGUUGGGAUGGGAAAAAGAGGGAAAGUCACGCAAGUAUGGUAAAAUGUGUACAUUGAAGUGUUCUUCAAUGUAGUAGCAAAUUGCUUUUUGAGGUAAUUCCCUCACGCGAUUUUAUUUCAAUAUUCUAUCAAUAAUUUAUUCUCAAAAAAAAAGUUUAUUUUAAAUGGAUUUUCCACAUUUUCUCAAUGUGAUUCAAAAAAAAUGUACUGGUAAGCUGACCAAGCUUACGAGAGCUGUGUUUCUUUCAGUGUACCAAUUUUGUGAGAGCAAACUAGAACGCAAAUUAAUUUAAAUACGCGCAAAGUCGGGAGAAGUUGAAAAGUCAUCCCCCAAGAAAUCUUUAAAACGCCAUAUCUCGGGAACGGAUCCAUAGAUUUUCGAGUUUGAGCUAUCGUUGGAAAGGUCUUAACCUCAACUAUAAUAUAUUAAAAUAUGAAGUAAAUCGAUAAUGGCAUUUUCGAAAUAUUCGAGUUCGAAAUUUUCGAAAAUUUUGAUUUUGACUUUAGCGCCUCUCGCGGUCAUUUCUCGAACUUGCAAUGUUCCAGACAUUUGUAGGGCUUCACGAAACCUUUCAUUUGCACUUGAGUUGAUCAAAAUCGGACUUGUAGAAACCGAGAUAUGACAUGCCAACUUUGGAAGG